CCCAGUUUUAACCACUCCUGUGGCCGUGGCAGGCCCGCGGUCAAUGGGCAGCCAGGAUCCUCCCGAGUUGCCUUCUCCCCCUGCCCAGAUCCAUGCCAAAAUGGCCACUGUCCCCCAUGGCUUCAACAUCGACGCCCCGCGCUGGGACCAGAGCACCUUCAUGGGGCGCCUGAAGCAUUUCCUCAACAUCACCGACCCACGGACCGUGCUGGUGUCGGAGCAGGAGCUGGACCGGGCCAAGGCGCUGGUGCAAGCCUGCAGGACCGGGCUGGUGCCACCAGGAAGCAGCCUGGAGCAGCUGCUGUACGCCAAGAAGCUGUACGACUCGGCCUUCCACCCUGACAGCGGCGAGAAGAUGAACCUCUUCGGGAGGAUGUCCUUCCAGGUGCCGGGGGGCAUGGCCCUCACUGGCUGCAUGCUCCAGUUCUACCGGACGGUGCCUGCUGUGGUUUUCUGGCAGUGGGUGAACCAGUCCUUCAACGCCUUCGUCAACUACACCAACCGCAAUGCUGCCUGCCCCAUCUCACUGAAGCAAAUCGGGGUGGCUUAUGUCACGGCCACUGGCACAGCCCUGGCCACCGCAGUGGGACUCAACCUCUGCACCAAGCGAGCCCCGCCCUUGCUGGCCCGUUGGGUCCCCUUUGUGGCUGUGGCUGCUGCCAACUGUGUCAAUAUCCCCAUGAUGCGGCAACAGGAGAUCAUCAACGGGGUCAUGGUGACAGACCAGGACAACAACGAGCUCGGCUGCUCCAGGAGGGCGGCAGCGAAGGGGAUCGCGCAGGUUGUGGUCUCCAGGAUCACCAUGGCAGCACCGGGCAUGAUUAUUUUACCCAUCAUCAUGGAGCAACUGGAGAAAUACCCCUUCAUGCAGCGGAUCCGGGUUCUCCAUGGGCCUCUGCAAGUGCUGCUCAGUGGCGGCUUCCUCCUGUUCAUGGUGCCAGCAGCCUGCGCCCUGUUCCCACAGAGAUGCUCCCUUGCAUUGGCUGACCUUGAGCCGGAGCUGCGUGACAGCAUCAUGACCAAGCAUGGGGACAAAGUGCCGUACAUCUACUUUAACAAGGGACUGUGAAUGGAGACUACCUCAGGAGCCAUCGCACCCCUCUGGCCUCCUGCCACCACCAGCCCCACAUCCCCUGAGCAGGGCUCAGAGGCAUGGUCCAGCCAGAUCUGCCCCCCUGCCCCAGCCCAGCACCCUGGUGCCUCCUCCCCACAGAGGGGCAGGAUGUGGCUCUGUGCACCCAGCUUGCAGCGCUCUGGCUUGUCCUGAGCCUCCCCCCAUUGCUGCUAGCUGUGUGCUUGCCUCUCCAUGGCCCUCUGGGUGAUGGCUACACUUCCAGUGCCUUCCUCUAGCCCUGCGCAGGAAGCCUUGUGUCUGUCCGAACCUCAUGGCUGAGGCCCGUGAAACAUCAGGCUCUCUCCCUUGGGGCUCAGAGCACAGCCCUACCUCCGAAAGCAGGUGCCCUGCCAUUGUACCAGGAACCAAACCACAUUGUUGCCUUAUACCACCACAGUGGCCUUUUACCAAGAAGGACCUCUCCCUGUUGCACAGGGAGCACCCCAAAGUCGAGGGACCAAAUGCUUGGACCAUGCCUUCCUUGUUCUCAGGUUCAGGUUUUAUUAACUUUGCGUUGCCACAAUCCAGGAAAGAAAAAGGUAGCUGUUUUUUAAGCUCUUAAUUUUUGUAAUCUACCCAUUCCUCUGAGCACAAGAGCCAGCCAUCACCCUUGUCCCACAUCUCACUGUCUCUACAGUAGGACCAAGGAUCUGCAGCUUUGGAGGACAGCUGACUCUGGGCCCCCUUGGAUGGGGGGAAGGAGACUCAAGAGUUACAAAGCUGCCAAGGCAUUAACUCAGACUCUGAAUAGCAGCACUGAAAAUGACAGAGAGGAGGGCUGAAAAAUUUAAAAAACAGCUGUGGGCUCUGCUUUUGGCUGGUCUCUGAGUGUCUGGUUCCCUGGGCAGGGCUGGUACAUGGGUCUCAUGCCUGCCUUGAAAGGGAAGGGUGCAGGUUCUGUGACUGACCAGGCACCAGGAUGAGGGUCAGCACAGGGGCCAGAAGAAGGAGGAAGAGCCAUGAGGCUCUGCAAGGGCUGGCAUGAGCCUUGAAACCUUUGGGCACCCCAUGCAGUCUCCCAGAGAGGUUCUUGCUGCUGCAGGCAGUCCUGAGGCAAGUGACAAAGGGAGGUGACAGUUGUGCUCAUGGCGACCCUCAUCCCAUUGAGGGUCACACUGGGUGACCCUACACCCAUGGGUGCUGUUUGUCGUCUUGGCCAGGCAGUGUUUGCAGUGAUGCUAACUGGGUCUGACAAAAGGCUUCUCCCAUCCCAAAAAAGAGCGGCUUAAGUUUGCUGCAGCCUGUUUUUUGGAGGAGGGAGCCCCAGAGUUUGGUCCUAAUCCUGGGCUAAAGUCCCUGUCCUCAACCAGCUGCAUCCAAGCUCUCUUCUUGCUGAUGAACGUCCCUUAGUGGGAUAAGUGUGUUUCUAACCAGGUGAAUGAUAUGGCUGCUUGGGGAGCCCCAUGCUCAUCCCUUCAGCCAGGGACACCUCUCAGAUCCCCAAGUGCACAGAGUCUACAGCCAAAGGGCUUUAUGGCAUUAAGCACUCUGCUCCUACAAACAGAGCAGCCAAACCCAAAAUGUACUUCUUGAAGGGCCAAGCUGUAUCUACAACAGGUUUGCCUCUGCCCAAGCUGCAACAGGAAGAGGAUAAUGUCUCCAACCACAUGUAGUUACAGCUAGAAAGUUGUACAAGAGCUCUGAAAUAAUUAAUAGGUCAGCAGAAAGUAGGAAAACGUGUUAAAAUUUGUGUAUCUGUUCCCUGGGCAUUAUUAGAUCUCGUUAAUGUGCAAUUAAAAUAAUAGAUAAGCACAUGAAACGUAACAGAUGUCACUCCUGUUGCAAGUGGGAAGAAGCCACAAGACGACAUUUCUGCUCUCUUUAAGCUCCUUAACUCAAGCUGCUCUUACCCUACACCCAAAGUGCUUUGAGCACUUUCAGAAACACACCUGUAGCAGUCUGGGCUGUAUUUGGGUCCAAGGUGCCUCUCACAUGCCAGGGAGCACAGCGAUGCUCUAAAACUGCCCUUCCCUGCACAUCGCAGCCACGCUCUUGCUGUUGACCCUGCCUGCAUUUGCAGCAUGUGAGUCCCAACAGGGCUCUGCAGCCAGCGAUGCCAGGGCAGCAGCCACCCGGAGACAAGGUUGGGACCACAGUGGGAAAGCCUUAGCAUUAUUUUUUGCUUCCCCAGCCAUACUGGAGGCACAAUGGAGCAGAGGGAUCCUCUAAAGAGCUAGUGCCAUCUCGCACCAGUGCAUCCCCUGCCCUGGGGAGCAGGACAUGGUGCAAGUCAUCACUUCGGACAGAGGAAGCGGCUUGCUCUGGACUUAGAGGAUCUGCAAGCCAUCCUCAAACCAGACCUCCCCCCCAAGCUUAUAGCAGUGGAUUCCCUCUUCAGAUCGACAUGGAUUUAUGCCAACUGACAACAUAGCUCCGCGGGGUUUGUAGGUUUCUAGGUUGUAGCUCCAAUCUCCCCUGAUGAUUCAACUCACCUCAACGGCUCACGUCACCCUGGUAUUGGAAGAUGGUCGCUGCAGCCAGCGCUUUCCUGCACUCCCCAAAACCACAGCAACUCUCCAGCAUGCCUUGAUCUCCUUAGGGAGCAGAGGGUAACAGCCAGGCUGCAGACAGCAACUCCCCAUGCUUCCAAGGGUGGCUCUGGCCAGCCUGCCUCCAUUUCCCACAGCUGCAACAGGAAGGAAACCUCAUUGCCAGGACUCAGAGCUGGCCUCAUCCCUGUUUGGGAAGAGCUGCAAGUGUUAAUUGCUCUCCAGCGAUGAGUCACACCUGAUCUGGGCUGGUUCUGUGCUCCCAUGAAUUCAUGCCUUCUCCCAACUGUGCCUCUAAUUGUGGGGCUGGCUGGGAACAGGAAUAAAGCUUCUUUAAUAACUGUU